GAGCCGGGAUGCGAUCAGCGCUCCGCAGUCCGCACUGUAGAGGAAGAAACACUUAAAAAGAAGGAGCGCGGUUCUCAGCCGGCCAACAUGGAGUUUGAGGAGAGCUUUGUAAUUAAACGUAUAGACAAGAUGAACAUUUCAGCAGCUGCUGAACGGAUGCAGAUGAUGACGGUCCACUGUCUGCAGUGCAACACGGUGAUGGCGGACUCCUUAGGUGUCUGUGGGGAGGUGAAAUGUAUGGACUCCCUGCUGUGUUUAAAGGUGACUGCUGAUGUGGUUAUUGGAGCUGUGGACGAGUCAGGACGAGGACAGGAAAUGGCCAACUGCAUCUACAGCCCUCUGAGAUGUCGCUGCUGCCACAGCGCUGUGGGGAGAGUUCUUCACUCGACUCCGUCACGUUGGGCUUCAGUUCGCUCCUUCUUCCUCCUCCACAAAGCAAACAUCAGCUGUUAUCUCCUGGACAGCCCAUCGCUGGUGAAAGCAUCUGAGCUCUCUUUGGACCUGAAGCCCCUCAAACUCUGCAUCAAUGAGGCUACGCAGCAGGUGGAAGAGAAGCUGCAGCAGAUGAGCCUCAUUCAGAGCAGACUGGCUGACAGGACCAUCAGCUCUGAGCUCCACCACUAGAAGGUU